CAAUAACAAAGAAACAACCUUGAGAAAAGUGACUGAUUUCACCUUCAAAUAAAGCACUAGAAAUCGGAUUCACAGACACUAGUAAUUGCUCAGAUUUAGGACAAUCAGCCUCAGUAUGCCGGGGAAGGACAAAAGAUUAACUUUCGCACAGAAUUUUGUUUGUGGUGGAAAUGCUGGUGUUAUAUGCCGAACUGUUUGUUCCCCUCUUGAUGUUGUAAAAACCCUACAGCAAGUGGGCACCGAAGAUACAAGAGGGGGAAUGGUCAAAACUUUUAUCAAUCAAUAUAAAAAUGAGGGCAUUAGAGCAUUCUGGAAGGGAAAUCUUAUCGCAUGUAUCCGGGGUUUCCCAUACUAUGCGUUACAAUUCGCCGCGUUUGAGCAGAUAAAACAACAAAUAUCAAACGAUCAAGGAAAACUGUCUCCGAUGGGUUCCAUGUUUGCAGGGUCCAUGGGUGGAGUUAUUGCAGUAUUAGCAACAUAUCCCCUAGAUAUGGUUAAGACACGACUUACCGCACAGCAUGCAGAUCUUUCGAAGGCAAAAUAUAAGGGAAUAGCUCCUGCAUUUCGUUUGAUAAUAAAGGAAGAGGGGGCGAUGGCCCUCUAUAAAGGAUGCGGAACUUCAAUUAUAGGUGUUAUCCCAUUUGCUGGAGCAACAUUUAUGGCGUAUGAAUUCCUUGAAAGACUGUGGCAGAAACCAAAGAAUAAGAUGAGCCCAAUGGAGAACUUUAUAGAUGGCUGUUUAGCUGGAGCAUUUGCUCAAACAAUAUCAUAUCCCUUUGAUACUAUAAGGAAGAAACUACAGGCUCAAAGCAAGUACAUUGCUGGUGGAGGAACUGAUGUUGAGUUCUCUGGAAUGUUGGAUGGGUUCAUACAGACUGUUAGAACUAAGGGUGUCUUUGGACUUUGGACUGGCACUACUGCUAAUUUGAUCAAGGUGAUGCCCUAUGCUGGUAUAAUGUUCAUGUCAUUUGAAGCAACAAAACGGUUCUUCCUAUACCAGAAUGGGUUCACCACGAGUCCCUUUAAAGACACUCCAAGGCUUGAUGUAGAUCAAACAUGGAGUCAAGAGGAGCUUCACGACAUAUUGGAGAUUCGUCAAUUCUUGCAUGGGUAUCACCAUCAUCAUUAAUAGUAUUUAUCUCAUCAUUUUCGACAUCAUUUGAUGGGAGAAUAUUGAGGUCUGCUUUAAUGUGAUUGGAACAUGGAGAAAUUUUAUGAUUUGGAAAUGGAGAUACACAUGUACAUAUAUGGAUAGUGCCAUCAUCAUAAAUAGCAUUUAUCUCGCAGCUUUAACAUCGUUUGAUGAAGAUAACAUAGAAUUGGCAACUUGUG